GGAAAGUAUAGCACGCGCUGGCUUUGGUUAACCGAAGGCUGGGUGGGGGAGCCGCGGAGCCCUCUGCCCCCCGCGCGCUAACACCUGUAUGGAUGACCACUUUAACCUCAUCGACUCGCCCUCAGUCAGGUACCGAGGCAGCAGCGAGGAGCUCAGCUACGGAGAGAGGGACAAAGCCAUCAUGACAGUUGUUGCGUGUGACAGCAUUCUGGAGGAGAGCGCCGCGCUCCCCACUCACCUGCCCGUGGAUCGAUAUGAACCCCAGCACGGGUGCUGCGAGCGGGUCGUCAUCAACAUUUCGGGCUUGCGCUUUGAAACGCAGCUGAAAACUUUUAACCAGUUUCCAGACACAUUGCUUGGGGACCCAAAGAAACGAAUGCGUUACUUUGAUCCCCUGAGAAACGAAUAUUUUUUCGACAGAAAUCGACCAAGCUUCGAUGCCAUUUUGUACUACUACCAGUCGGGGGGACGCAUUCGCAGACCCGUCAAUGUUCCCAUAGACGUUUUCUCAGAGGAAAUAAGGUUUUACCAACUUGGUGAGGAGGCCAUGGAGAAAUUUCGAGAGGACGAGGGCUUCAUAAAAGAAGAGGAGCGCCCUUUGCCAGAUCAUGAAUUCAAAAGACAGGUCUGGCUUUUGUUUGAGUACCCAGAGAGCUCAGGGCCCGCAAGAGGCAUUGCAAUUGUGUCAGUGCUUGUCAUCCUCAUCUCAAUAGUAAUAUUUUGUCUGGAGACUUUACCUGAAUUCCGGGACGACAGAGACCGUUCCACAGUGGCUCCUACAGUCAACGGAACUGCCCCCUACGGCCCCAGCACAUUAAUUGCAGACCCAUUCUUCGUCAUAGAAACUCUUUGUAUAAUUUGGUUCUCUUUUGAACUGUUAGUCAGGUUCUUCGCCUGCCCAAGCAAAACCACUUUUUCCAAAAAUAUCAUGAACAUUAUCGACAUCGUGGCAAUCAUCCCCUACUUUAUUACCCUGGGGACGGAGCUGGCUCAAAGACAGGGCAACGGGCAGCAAGCCAUGUCGCUGGCCAUUCUCAGGGUGAUUAGGCUUGUCCGAGUUUUUCGCAUAUUCAAGCUUUCUCGACACUCCAAGGGACUUCAAAUUUUAGGUCAGACUCUUAAAGCCAGCAUGAGAGAGCUGGGACUGUUGAUAUUCUUUCUUUUCAUUGGAGUUAUUUUGUUCUCCAGCGCGGUGUAUUUCGCGGAGGCAGACGACCCUUCCUCGAGUUUCAGUAGCAUUCCAGAUGCGUUUUGGUGGGCUGUAGUAACCAUGACUACUGUUGGAUAUGGGGACAUGCACCCAGUGACAAUAGGGGGUAAAAUCGUGGGAUCGCUGUGCGCCAUUGCUGGAGUGCUCACCAUUGCGCUCCCCGUGCCCGUCAUAGUCUCUAAUUUCAACUACUUUUACCACCGCGAGACAGACGGCGAGGAGCACGCUCAGUACCUUCACGUGGGUAGCUGUCAGCACCUCUCCUCCACGGAGGAACUCAAACGGACACGCAGCACCUCGUCGCUCAGCAAGUCAGAGUACAUGGUGAUAGAGGAGGGCAUCAAUAACGCAUACAAGCAGCCAAACUUCUCCAACCAAAAUAACCAAAACUGCGUGAAUAUCAAAAAGCUUUUCACCGAUGUCUAGCCCCAAACAGUUAGUUGUCAGUUAAUAUAUAUCAUCAGGUUAACACCUGAAGUUAUUUAUUAUUCGUUGGUAUAACCAUCGUGAUGUGCGGGUGCAGAUCUUCCAUGUAUGUUAGAGGGUUCGUGUUUCUGAAAUAUGCACCGGCAGCAUUAAUCAAACGGACUUGCUUUUGG